CAGUUACAGCAGAAGAAGAGGAGAAGACAACCAGAGCAUCACCUCACUAUGUGUCCUCGUGCAAAUGUGUGUGUCAGCUGGGUCGCGUGCAUCCUGCUGGUUGUAUGUUUGGGCGCGAUGGUGGAAGGAUAUCCGACAAAGCCAGAGAACCCCGGAGAGGACGCACCUGUAGAGGAACUAGCCAAGUAUUACUCCACGUUGAGACACUACAUCAACCUCAUCACGAGGCAGAGGUAUGGCAAACGGUCCAACACGGAGGCCUUAACCCCUGACCUGCUGUUUGGAGAGGCAGAAAUGCAACUGCAGACCAGAUCUGAUGACCCGCUGAUGUGGUGAUGUCAGUGUAAACAAAUCUCUACGCAUGUUCAGUCAACAUUUCCAUCACUGUUAGAAGCAAUAACCUCUGACCUCAUCAAAAAUGUCAACUUCAUGACUCUAUUGAACUUCUUGUGAUCUUGCAUGUGGUCCAUCUUUCGCAAGCAUCAAAGUAGAUCAAACUAAUUAAAGUAGUUAAAGAGUAAGUAACAGUUUAAGUCUGUUCAGGACAUGGCUGUGAUUGCAUUGUUUUCAUCUACUGAAGGUCUCAUGAGAUCACAAAACCUCAGCAUCCCCAGACUUCCUGUAUGUAUUUAAUGUAGACCUUGUUACUGCACCA